AUGCUUUGGCGCUCGUUCGACCCGCCGUCACGGACAGUACUGCAGAUGACAGUCCGUACCUCAGCCGACUUCCUUUUCAGUCGUCUGGAGAAACUGAACGGCCGGAUAUUGGUGUGUCGCGCCUUGGGAUAUUUUACCUUAGUUGAGCGCGGUGCAGACGGUGCGCGCGUGUUGAACUGGGAGAAAAAGCCAUACACGAACGCUGAAGGGGAGGUAAUAGAAGAGGACCGCUAUGGGACGUCACAGCCCUUUCGCUUCGGAGAGGAUGUCUACAACAAUCGGGCUCUAAACAAUCUGCCCUGUCACCGCUUGCACGCGGGUCACGUUAACCUUCUCAAGAAGGAGUGUCUCGCCAACGUGCACUUCUGCGUUGCUAAGUUACACGCACUUCCUGUUGAGGCGCUUUUAGACGACUUCACGGCGGCCAAAGCGGCAUUCCAGGGGAAACCCCUGAUCAAGUGCAUUCUGGAGGCGCUUCUGCUCUCCCGGAACGGGCUGCAGAUGGAUCCGGUUCAGUUCAUGCCUCAGCUACUAGGGCGCCUGGAGGACAACGAGUCAACAGCCGAGUUCAAGCAGCGCUUACGUGAAUAUAGCUCAAAAGUGUGGUUCGAGCCCGAUGUCAACAUCCUGGAGCGUACCGGGGGUCAACUGCUACACAGCAUCCACGUGCACGCGUCCGAAAUUGACACGAUGACGAUUACGUCAUGUGGAACUUACGUAAUCACAGAUGCAUUAUACGUUAUGGAAUAACUUUAUAAAAGAGUUGCUUUUUGUGGGGGGUUUUACGAAACUGAAUUAACGUUUUUAGUUUCACAAUUUUCGACAUGUAUAAAUUGUAAGAGUGGGUAUUUUAUUACAGUUUUGAACUUUCUUUAUCAACAUAUAUAAGCGUAAUCGAGGCCACAUAUUUCCAUUACGAUGAAACAAAUAUUGCACGAGAGAGGUCCGUAUUUACCGUUUAAUGGUGUGAUGAAAAAUGAAAUAAUUCACAGUUUUCUACAGAAACGAAACCAAAAUAAAUUGGUUCUAAACUGUAAACAAACGUGAAACGCUAAACAAGAUGGUCUCAUAUAGAGAGAUUAUUACGGCUUGACCUUCUUUAGUCUGCGGGUCGUUGAAGGAGAUCAAAAUCUGGAACAUCAAGGUCGACCCCCACGGUUGCUACGCAAUGUGACGGGUAAAGGUCAGUCUAGAAAGAUCGCGUUUUGUCAUGGUGAUGAUUGGAUCGCCAUGAAAUUUGGCAACGUAAUAAAAGUAAAAGGUCUGCAAACA